AUGCCUCACUUCCUGGACUGGUUUGUGCCCGUCUACCUGAUGAUCUCCAUUCUGAUCCUGGUCGGCUUCGGGGCCUGCAUCUAUUACUUUGAGCCCGGCCUGCAGGAGGCGCACAAGUGGCGGACCCAGCGCCCCAUCACGGAGCGGGAGGUCCGGAAAACACUGAUGAUCCGGGACAAUCUGGGAUUUCGGGCCCCCGAGGUCUGA